AUGAUCGUCUACAUCAUAUUGUUCACCUUCUUGGAUGGCUACCCUUACAUCUUUGCGGAAACCUUCGACAUCAACGAGGGACUAUCCAACAUCUGCUUCGUGGGUUUGUUCGUCGGUAUAGCUCUUUCCGCGCUUCUUGUUCCAAUGGCAUACCGCAGAACCGUGCGACAACUCGAGAAAGAUGGAGACGAUGGAUCCGGUAAAGCUAUACACCGCGAGUCAAGAUUGUUCUUUGCCAUGAUUGGAGCACCUACACUACCUAUUGGUCUCUUCUGGAUGGGGUGGACUGACUAUGCCUCGGUGUCGAUAUGGUCGCCUCUAGCGGCGUCAUUGCUCGUCGGCUUCAGCAACAUUUGCAUCUUCAUGUCCGCGUACAUGUACAUCAUCGACAGCUACGAAGCAUACGCAGCGUCGGCCCUGACAUUUGUCGCGCUGGUCAGAUACAUUGCAGCUGGUGGGAUGACUGUUGUUGGUAUCCCGAUGUAUAGGAACUUGGGGACUCAUUGGACUUUGACUCUGCUUGGUAUCAUCAGUGUCGUAGCACUGCCAAUUCCCUACGUACUUUAUCGCUUCGGGCCAAGCCUCCGAAAACGCAGCAAGUGGGCAGUAUAA